AGAGAGAGGACCAAGAAAAGAAAACCAUAAAAGGGGACCUUUACGAAUAUAUAAAUGGAGAAGUUGUUGACCUAACAUCUUCAGAGUCGAAUUGGGCCAAGCAUCUUUUCAAUCACAGCGUUUACCAUUUUUGAAUUCAAAUUUUAAAAGAAACCAGGCAGGCAGGUAGAUUACUUCUCACAUUUUUUCAAUUCCGAAAUUUUGGUGGUUGUUGCAAUUUGCAGUUGGCGUUUAUAUUGAGAUUUGAUUUUUAGAGGGGGUUUCUUCGUUGUUCUGUGUAAGAGAGAUUGCUCCAAUAAAGUUUUUGGACAAAUUAGAAGUAGAUGUCGACUCUAAAUGUUCCUCCUAUGCCUCCUCAUCCCCGCGAUGAUGCCAUUAAACUCAAGGCUGCUUUCAAGGGAUUUGGCUGUGACACUGCAGCAGUUAUCAAUAUUGUCUCCCAUCGUGAUGCAAUGCAGCGAUCUUACAUUCAACAAGAGUAUAGAACCAUGUAUUCUGAGGACUUGAUGAAACGGCUAUCUUCAGAGCUUAGUGGUGAUUGCAAGAAAGCAGUUUCGCUUUGGAUGCAUAAUCCAGUGGGACGUGAUGCAGCUUUACUGAGGCAGUCGUUUACGGGAACCAUUGAUCUGGAUGCCGUGACAGAGAUAAUAUGCUCUCGUACCCCUUCUAUGAUACAGCAAUUUAAACAGGCUUACUAUGCAAUGUUUGGUGGGUACCUAGAGCAUGAUAUUGAAAAUCAUGCCUCAGGUGAUCACAAAAAGAUGCUGCUUGCAUACUUAACUAAGCCACGUUAUGAAGGUCCAGAGGUUGAUCGGACCUUUACAGAGAAGGAUGCCCAGGCUUUAUGUAAAGCUGGAGAGAGGAAAUUGGGAACUGAUGAGAAAGUAUUCAUCCAAAUUUUCAGUGAACGGAGCAGAGCGCAGUUGGCAGCUAUUAAUUCUGCUUACCAUACUAUGUAUGGGAAGUCUCUGAAAAAGGCAAUAAAGAAGGAAACAUCAGGAAAGUUUGAGUAUGCUCUUUUGACAAUCCUACAAUGUUCUGAUAAUCCGGCAAAGUAUUUUUCAAAGGUGCUACAUAAAUCAAUGAAAGGUAUGGGAACUGAUGAAAGGACACUAACAAGGAUAGUUGUGACAAGGACUGAGAUUGAUAUGCAGUAUAUAAAGGCGGAGUACCAGAAGAAAUACAAGAAGACAUUGGCUGAUGCAAUUCACUCAGAGAUUUCGGGAAACUAGGCCUUUAUUCUCUCUCUUUUGGGUCCCAAUGCUUAGUCAAACAUGGUAGUGUAGAGAUUAUAAAGCAUCCUGGGAAUCUGUGCACAUCUUUGUGGAAUUAUCAUGUUGCAUAUUGGGAGUGUCAUGUAUUAGUCUUUGGUCAUGUUGAAUUAUCAUUCUGUUUGUAUGUAUAGUGUUUGUAAUCUUCUCUUCUAUGUAUGGAGAUGAAGCUUAACCACAUUACAUUGUUGUAAAUUUUUCAGUGUCUACCUGUAUGAUGGUUUUUAUUUGAAUUCUGAUGAAGCAUUAGUGGUUUAGCAGAUCAA